GGCGAUUCUGGGUGACGUCACGGUCGGGGUGUGACGUGUAGCCUCCUAGAAGCCUCUCGCUGCGGAUUCCUCGGUUUUUCUUCCCUUCCUCCUCCUUCCCCUCCUUCCGCUACGGGUCGCGGCUGGGGGCGGCCGGGUCGUCAGGGGCGACACGGCUCCCCCUCUCCUCCUCCCUCCUUCUCCUCCUCGGCCCCCUCCCCCUCCCCAGCGCUUCGGUCCAAGAUGGCGGCGCUGAGCAGCGCCGAGGGGGCCUCGCUCUUCAACGGGGACAUGGAGCCCGAGCCGCCUCCGCCUGGGGCCUGCUACGCGGGGGGCAGCGGCAGCGCCGGAGGAGACCCCGCCGUCCCUGAGGAGGUCUGGAACAUCAAGCAGAUGAUUAAGUUAACACAAGAGCACAUAGAGGCCCUGCUGGAGAAGUUUGGAGGAGAGCAUAAUCCGCCAUCUAUAUAUUUGGAGGCCUAUGAGGAAUACACCAGCAAGUUAGAUGCACUGCAGCAGCGGGAGCAGCAAUUACUGGAAUCCAUGGGGAAUGGAACUGAUUUCUCUGUCUCCAGUUCUGCUUCAACAGAUACCGUUACAUCAUCGUCAUCCUCUAGUCUCUCGGUAGCCCCAUCAUCCCUCUCAGUUUAUCAGAAUCCUACAGAUUUGUCUCGGAAUAACCCUAAAUCUCCACAGAAACCUACAGUUAGAGUCUUCCUGCCCAAUAAACAGAGGACCGUGGUUCCAGCCAGAUGCGGGGUAACAGUCCGGGAUAGCUUAAAGAAAGCUUUGAUGAUGCGAGGUCUUAUCCCAGAGUGCUGUGCUGUUUACCGAAUACAAGAUGGGGAGAAGAAACCUAUCGGUUGGGAUACAGACAUUUCCUGGCUUACUGGAGAGGAAUUACACGUGGAAGUCUUGGAGAAUGUGCCUCUUACAACACAUAACUUUGUACGAAAGACAUUCUUUACUUUAGCAUUCUGUGACUUCUGUCGAAAGCUGCUUUUCCAGGGAUUCCGCUGUCAGACUUGUGGAUAUAAAUUUCACCAGCGUUGUAGUACAGAGGUGCCAUUGAUGUGUGUGAAUUAUGAUCAGCUUGACUUGCUGUUUGUCUCCAAAUUCUUUGAGCACCACCCAAUACCACAGGAGGAGACCUCCUUAGGAGAGACCACCCUGGCAUCGGGAUCAUAUCCAUCAGUGGCCCCCUCCGAUUCUCCAGGCCCAGCAAUUCUCCCUAGUCCGUCUCCUUCGAAAUCCAUUCCAAUACCCCAACCAUUCCGUCCAGCAGACGAAGACCAUCGGAAUCAGUUUGGUCAACGAGAUCGCUCCUCGUCUGCCCCCAAUGUGCACAUCAACACGAUAGAACCUGUCAACAUUGAUGAAUUCAUUAGAGAUCAAGGGUUGCGAGGAGAGGGAGCCCCUAUGAACCAGCUGAUGCGCUGCCUUCGGAAAUACCAAUCCCGGACUCCCAGUCCCCUCCUCCAUUCUGUCCCCAGUGAGAUAGUGUUUGAUUUUGAGCCUGGCCCAGUGUUCAGAGGUUCAACCACAGGUCUGUCUGCUACACCUCCUGCUUCCCUACCUGGAUCCCUCACCAAUGUGAAAGCAUUACAGAAAUCCCCAGGCCCUCAACGAGAGAGGAAGUCCUCUUCAUCUUCAGAAGAUCGGACUCGAAUGAAAACACUUGGUCGACGAGACUCAAGUGAUGACUGGGAAAUACCAGAUGGCCAGAUCACAGUUGGACAAAGGAUAGGCUCCGGGUCUUUUGGAACAGUCUACAAAGGAAAGUGGCAUGGUGAUGUGGCAGUGAAGAUGUUGAAUGUUACAGCCCCCACCCCUCAGCAGUUACAGGCCUUUAAAAAUGAAGUAGGAGUUCUCAGGAAAACGCGGCAUGUGAAUAUAUUACUUUUCAUGGGUUAUUCAACAAAGCCGCAGUUGGCUAUAGUCACACAGUGGUGUGAGGGGUCCAGCCUUUACCACCAUCUACACAUCAUUGAGACCAAAUUUGAGAUGAUCAAGCUGAUCGACAUUGCACGGCAAACGGCACAAGGCAUGGAUUAUUUGCACGCCAAGUCCAUCAUCCACAGAGACCUCAAGAGUAAUAAUAUAUUUCUUCAUGAAGACCUCACGGUAAAAAUAGGUGACUUUGGCCUAGCAACUGUGAAGUCUCGGUGGAGUGGGUCUCAUCAGUUUGAACAGUUGUCUGGAUCAAUUCUCUGGAUGGCACCAGAGGUGAUACGGAUGCAGGAUAAAAACCCAUAUAGCUUUCAAUCAGAUGUAUAUGCCUUCGGGAUUGUCCUGUAUGAGCUGAUGACUGGGCAAUUGCCGUAUUCGAACAUCAACAACAGGGACCAGAUCAUAUUCAUGGUGGGGCGAGGAUACCUCUCUCCAGACCUUAGCAAAGUGCGCAGCAACUGUCCCAAAGCGAUGAAGAGGCUCAUGGCAGAGUGCUUGAAAAAGAAGCGGGACGAACGGCAUCUCUUCCCACAGAUCCUUGCCUCCAUUGAGCUUCUGGCCCGGUCGUUGCCAAAAAUUCACCGCAGUGCAUCUGAGCCCUCCUUGAACCGGGCUGGAUUCCAGACAGAGGAUUUUAGUCUGUAUGCUUGCGCUUCUCCAAAAACACCCAUUCAGGCAGGGGGAUAUGGCGAAUUUGCAGCGUUCAAGUAGCCACAGCAACAUUGGCAGCAAAAUCCACUCUGGUUUUUGGUUUUUUUAAAGGCCUUGUGUUCCUACACUUUCUUUUUGUGACAUCCAGACUCCGUUCUGUCCUUCCAAACAAAGCAAUUUGGUGUGGGGGUGGGGGGAAGAGAAGAUCCACACGCUUAAAGCAGAGCAGAACGGAGCUGCCCGUUCCUUUUUUGAUACGAACGGUGACAAAGGGCGUGGGGAGAGUCCCCUUUGAAAGAACCAGAAUUUCUCUGCUGCCUGUGUGUUCACCUCCAACCCAAAACACCAUGUGCAUUUGGAGAUACACCCCCCUGUUUCCCGCCGUGGCUGCCUGUACCGUUGGCAUCAUUCCCAGGAGAGAGGAGAGGGCCCUCGCUAUGACUUUUCGGUGCUCUGGCAUGAUGAGAUUGGAACUCCUGCUGCAGCGUAGGCUUGGGAUGGUCUGCUGGUCAGCUUUCUCCCUUUAACAACGAAUCAUCAGAGGCUGUGAAUGUCUGAUGAGACAGAGCUAAUCCAAAACAAUCCAGUCAUCCUCCUGGUCUGAUCUGAUUUGUACUUUGUGUUGGUGGGGUUCCUCCUCCCCAUUCCCCCUGGUGCGCUUUACUGAUCGAUGGGAUAAGUGCAGUCUCCCCUUUUCAAAUGAAAUGUGAAUAUUGCCACCUCAUUUGAAACGUCAUAAUCUGGAAAACAUUGCCAAUCUGAAAGAGAUUUGAAUGUGGGAGUUCGAAAAAAACGGGUAAUCGGGAGGAAAAGUGGAUGCUGCACAUCUCUUUUUCCAGAAUUGCUUUUUAUCUCCUGUUCGGAUCCAUCCUUUCCCUCUCCUUUUUGUAAGUUUUCUGGAAUGUGUUGGGAGGUGCCUCCCGUCGGUCCAGCAAUGAAAGGUUUUGCAGAAUUGUAGCGAACUUCUACAUGUGUGGUUCCCUCUCAUUUUGUGUCAGUAUCCUUUGAAUUCUGUGUUUGUCUCUUUUUAAAUUUUUCAGCGAUGCCCUUGGCUGGCACCUGAACUCUGUAGAGCUUCUAAUGCAAGACUAUGAAUAAAUAAGUGUACCUAUUUUAAAAGGUGCAAGAUAAUGUCAGGUACCUAUUGUUUCAUAAACAGAGAUUCUCAGGUUAAAUUGAGUAUGUUUAAAACAACAACCACCCUGCAACCCAACAAGAAUUAGACAUUCCAAAAAUUG